AUGGACGACUCAGGCACCAUGAUCAGCUUUGAUAACUGGGCAGGGAGAGACACUGGAGUUCAUUUCUUUGGAGCUAUGAUCCUGCCUGAGAGAGCAGGAAGUGUCCCAGACACUGAGCAAGCUGAGCUGCCCGAAUACAUCCUGGACCUUGGCUAUGUCAUUCCCGGUGACAUCCACACACACAUGGUGAAGAUCACCAACACUGGGCACUUCCCCGCAUCUUUCCGUGUCGAUGGAUAUGUCCUGUAUAACACAGGCUUCAGCGUGUGCCUGGAGUGUGUGAAGCGCCUGCCCUCCUAUGAGAGCAAGACAUUUGAAGUGUGCUUCGACCCACAAAGUGCCAACCUGCCCCUGGGAAAAGUGGAUGUGCUCCUGCCCAUCAAGGUCAGAGGAGGCCCCACAAUCCAGGUCCGCCUCCGUGCCAUGGUGGCUGAGCCGUCCCUCUGCGUGUCCAGGGACAGGCUGGAGUUCUCUGCUGUCCAGUGUGGGCAGUGCCAGGAAGAAACCAUCCAGCUCCACAACACGUUCCAGGUCCCCUGUAAAUGGUCCAUCAGCAUGACUGAUCCUGUUCAGGAGGUGGACAAACAUCUGCCAGGGAGCGAGCACCAGAAGCUGCUGGAGGAGAUGAAGUCUGUGCCCUGUGGCUUUGAGGUGCUGCCCUCAGCUGGAAGCCUCGCUCCAGGACAGCAGUGCCACGUCCAAGUCCGUUUUUCACCCACGGAAGAGAAGUGCUACCGGGGCGAGCUGCAGAUCCAGGUUUGCCAGAGCAGCCAACGCCUGCAGGUGCCGGUCUUGGGACGUGGUCUGGAGCCACGGCUGGAGUCCAUCCCCGCAGAGCUGGAGCUGGGACCGCUGCUGCCCCAGAGCCAUGGGGAAGAGGGGACAGUGGUGGUGAAGAAGCCCUGUGAGGUUUACUCAGUGCAGUUUGAGCAGCAGCACCUUGCUGAGGAGCAGCCCCUACGGACACCAAAAGAUGACAACAGCCCCAACAGCUUGUUGCUGCCUCCGUGUGCCCCGGGAGAGAAGCUGACUGAUGAGGCCCAAGGAAGGGGCAUAAAAAUGAAGGUUGAUGUUGUGGAUCCACCAGGAAAGGUGGUGAAGCUGGGAAACGUCUGCAUUGGACAGACGGUGAAGAAGAUGGUCACCGUAGCCAACAAGAGUGCAGCCCCUCUCACCUUUAAGCUGAGGGUCACGUCCACCGUGCCAGAGUUGCAGGAAGCUGGGUGGCAAGAAGCUUAA